AUGGGCCUCGACAUCACCAAGGGCGCCCUCAAGCCCGCCAGCAAGCCCAAGACCAAGCCCAAGCCCGUGCACCACUUCCCUCACUCGCCCUCGCCCCCGACCCCGUCCUCGUCCUCCUCCCACCGCGUCACCGGCACCCCACACUCGCCCGCCGCCACCGCGCCCGCCUCGCUCGCCUCGCCGCAAGUGUUCACGCCCCGCAUCAAGCAGACGGCGAAGCGCGGGCGGCGUCCCGGCGCGCCCGUCAAGGGGCGGCGCCUCGUCAACGAGGAGGACGCGCUCGAGGCGGGCAGGGCGCACCAGGGCUCGCUCGGCGCCGCUGCGCAGGACUCGACCUGGGACUACGGUGUGCACGGCGAGUCGGCGAGGGGCAGGCAGGACGAGAGCGUCGCCGAGUCGCCGCGCAUCGUCGUCGACGCGACGGCGAGCGACUCGAGCGGCUCGGGCGGCUCGGACAGCGAGCUCGAGGCGCACCUCAACGGGCCCGACUCGCCCUGGUUCCGCCAGCACGCGUCGGUCGUCACCGCUCCCGUCGGCCAGGGCGGCAGGCGCUUCGGCCAGCCGUCGGCGUCGACCUCACGCUCGUCCGCCAUCUUCGCCGCUCGCCGCGACCCGUUCGACUCGGCCCAGGACUACAGCCCUCUCGAGCACCAGCAGGGGUCGGCGUCGUCGGGCGCCGGGCUCGAGGUCGACGUCGACAAGGAGGAGAUGACGCCCGAGCCGCAGGCGACGCAGGGCCAGGGCCAGGGCAGCUCGAGCCCGGCCUCCCAGCUCGAGAGCCCGGCUCCGACCGUCUUCGACGGCUACGCGCGCAAGGAGAAGGCGCGCGAGCAGGAGCAGGGGCAGGGCGACGGCGGCGGGCCGUGCGAGGGUCCGGUCGGCGGCGAGGUAGGCGUCACGGGCAGCGCGUCGCCCGACGUACCGCUGUCGCACAAGCGCCGCAUUGACGACGUCCUUGACGACGAGGCGGACGAGCUCGAGGGCAGGCGCAAGCGCGCCGAGACGGUCGACGAGGACGAGCUCGACAACUACGACGACAACCGCACCCUGUCCUUCCUCGGCGACUCGCAGGACGGCGGCUCCGCCUCGCCCGACCCUCGCGCCGGCACCUCGUUCUCCCAGCGCACCCUCGGCUCGCGCUCGACCACCCUCAUCGAGACGUUCCUCCGCAGCGACACGCCCUACCACGAUGACGACGGCGACGAGGCGUUCGAGCGCGACGAGUCGCCCCUGGCGGCGAGCGAGGAAGGGCGCGGGCGUCGCCAGAGCACGCCGUUCCCGCUCGGCAACGGCGACGGCGACACCGGCAGCGGCGGGCAGCGCUCGUCGUCCUUCUCGCCCGCGCCCGCCGAGCACCCGAGCUCGUCGUCGCUCGAGCAGGCGCAGCCGGCGCCCGCGCCUGCGCCGCGCCGCACCCGCACGGUCCUCCCGCCGUCGCUCGCCGAGCACUACGGCGCCGAGGUGACGCACCCGCACUACCACCACGCGACGCUCCUUGCCGCGUCGGCCGGUGCAGCGUCGCAGCAGGAGCGCGAGGACGGCCCGCUCAGCUGGGACGAGGAGAAAGAGGGGUUCGUGCGCCGGUUCGCGGCGGUGACGGAGCAGGUCGGCGAGCUGUUCGACCGCCAGGCGUCGCACUUUGCCGCCAUCGCCCACGAGCUCGAGCAGCACGGCGAGCGCCUCGCCGCGACGGCGCACAAGCUCGACGAGACCAAGGAGCGCGUGCGCGAAUGGGGCAAGCCCAUGUUCGAGGCGGCGAGGGGCGGCGGCGAGCAGCGUGCGGCGGUGGCGGCGGCGGCGGGGGACGAGGGAGAGUGCGAGGGCGGGGAGGAGGUCAAGGGGAAGGCGGUCGAGGAGGGCGACAAGGGCCAGGACGGCGCCGAGGUGGCGACGACUGACGAGAAUGGCGAGGCGUGA